AAAAAUGGCUGAGAGAUUGCUGGAGAAAGCCAAGAGGUUGAGAUACCAGGAUGGACGUGCAAUGUUUUCUGGUAUGUGGCAUCCUGAUAUGUUCACUGACAAACUAAGAAACCUGGAAAUCUACAAAGAUGAUGUCUACUUCUCUGGGUACAUGAGAUCAGGAACCUUUAUUGGUCUAGAAAUGGUACAGUUAGUGCUUAACAAUGCAGAUAUAGAGUACAUGUACAAAACAUCUGUGCAUGACCGACAGAGCCAUCUUUUAUUAAGCAGAGAUGUUUUUGUUCCUGGCAAACUUGGGCCAUAUGAUCAUGGAGAGAGUCCAAUACCUUGGUUGACCAAUAGGAAGCCACCUAGAAUCUUCAAAACACAUGGUCUCUACGAAUAUGCUCCUUAUGGU